GCUGAAGAGAGGGCUGCAGCCCUACAGGUUUUACAGAAUUGUAUUAUCUGCUGUUUAAAGUAUUUUAGGUUGGGUACAAAUGUUUCGCUGAUUGAUAUUAUUUGUUUUGUUCGUUUACUGCCUGCAUUGAGUUCUGAAACAGAGUCCCCUUUGUGUUUUUAUUUAAGCACUCAGACAGAGUGGAGCGUGUCAGCUGUACACACAGAUGUUUAACUUGUCGAUGUGAUUUUUUACUGAGAAAACAAACGCGCUUUAAGUUCAAGCUAUACAUGAUGGUAAAAGUUACUCCUUGCAAAGUAAGACGAGUCUCUUGUUUGUUUUCUUUAUCACACUAGAAGUGAUGAUUUUAUAUGACUGUUAAUUCUAUUUAAAUAAAUAUUAAAUUAAACUCAAAGAGGAUUCUGCUACUCGAGUCUCACACUGAAACCAGUGAAGAUGGACGUCAGUGUCUCCGUGUCGUUCUUUCAAGACGAGCUCGCCUCUACCAUCGAGCACGCAGUGAAAGCGGCUGUAGACACCGUCUUGUGCCAAAUCACAAAAGUUGUCGGCGGCAGAUUCACUGAAUUCCAAAUGGAAAUGGCUGGAAAGGAGAAAGAGAAUGAAAGUCUGAAGCUGAGAUUGGAAAUAUCAGAGAGCGAGUUGAAAGCGGUGUGGGAAUGCAUGAACGUUGCAGAUGCAGACAUUAAACAAGCUCUCAGAAACAUGAACCCCGACUGCAAUGAACAAGACUUUCAGAGGAAAGAGAACCAGGGAUUAUUUCAAGAUCCCAAAGAGCGCCAUGCUAUGUCUAAAUCUGAAGCACAGGAGGGGCCAAGGAUAGAAGCAGUUUACACACAAGAGGAGUCCUUUGACCAGGAGUGGUGUUCAAGUCUAAAGCAGGUUACAGAGCUGACAUGUGUUAAAGAUGAAGAGGUCCCUCGACUGGAAUGUGUUCCUAUUAAAGAGGAAUUCAUAGAACAGGAAUGUGUCCCCAUCGCAGAGGAAGUUCCUGCUGAAAAUAAUGUCUGUACACUUGAGGAGAACAACAAGUUGGGAUCCAGCCUGUGUGAUGAUUGUCCACCUGAAUGUGAACUGGGAUUUAGAGCUGCUAAAGGGAAUCACAGAAGAGGGACACCAUUUUCCUGUGCUGAUUGUGGGAAAAGUUUCAAUCAUUUAUCACGGCUUAAAAUCCACCAGCGUGUUCACACAGGAGAGAAACCUUAUCGCUGCACUGAGUGUGGGAGGAGUUUCACGCGAUUAGAAAGUCUUAAAUCACACCAGCGCAUUCACACAGGAGAGAAACCUUAUCACUGUACUGAGUGUGGGAAGAGUUUCACGCUGUUACAAAAUCUUAAAUCGCACCAGCGCAUUCACACAGGAGAGAAACCUCAUCACUGCACAGAGUGCGAGAAGAGUUUCACGCUGUUACAAAAUCUUAAAACACACCAGCGUGUUCACACAGGAGAGAAACCUUAUCACUGCACUGAGUGUGGGAAGAGAUUCACAUAUUUAAGUUCCUUGAAAGUCCACCAGCGCUCUCACAAAUAGAUCUUAUCAAUGUUGUGAAUGUCUGAAAUGUUUCAGUCACUUAUCAAACCUUAAACACCAGAAAAUUCACACGAGUGACGCCCUGUCCCUUCUCUGAAUGUCAGUUACUGGGUCUUGAAGUACACAAGAUAAUUAAUAGAAUCUUAGACACUUGGACACCUGAACACCAGGAGUAAAUUUGACUAAAAUACAAAGAUAUUUACUGUAAGCAAAAUAAUAAAGUUGCUUGAUAAAUAGAGUUACUGCUAAUCCCUUCAGAUCAACACUCUUGGAUGGAAAAUAUGAGCGACCCCAUCUUGCUGACCAUUCUGGUUUUGUCACGUCACUUUAGUAAUCUAUGAAAUGGAUUGUAAUUCCGUCUGCAAGUCACCAGCCGUCAAGUCAAUGAUAAGCUUUGGUCAAUUCUGAAUUUCUUACCUCAAACAUAGUUUUGUUGUUGACAGACUGAUAGCAAUAUAAUGCCACCCCCCUCCCCCAUAAACAGUUUCACAAUGGAAAUGGAAAAAUUGAUUUUUCUCAGUAACCUGAGAAUGAAUGCCAAAGGUGCUUACCUUAAAAAUAGCCACUUUUGGAAUUUCUAUUCAAAUAAUUAAUUUUGUUUUAAUUGUUUUAUUUUAGAUUACAUCUAGGGGACACACAACGGGACAUCGUCUUAAAUUGUAGUGUACAACUCACUGGAGAAGUCAUCUCCAUAUUCUGCUUUACAAGGACCAUUUUAAAGAAUUACUCCAAAAACUGAAAUAUUCCCUUUAUAAUAUGUUGUUUUCCUUGUGUGAAAUGAAUCCGAAAUAAACAAAGAAAAUAACUUAUUGAAAAGCCUUGCACACAGUAUACCAGGGGGUACUCAA